AUGCCCCGUCUCCUCAGCCGUCUACAGACAUCAAUUGGACUCGCACCUCGCGCAGUACUAUCUAUGACCCGCCUGCGCAAACGAAACCAGCCCGCCGUAGUGAACCCUCCGAUGGUCACUUCGUUGCUCUCUACUGCCGUGCAGGUGUCCGCGUCUACGCCCAACUCCGGCCGCAAAGUGACCCGUUUCGGGUUGCGUCGCGUAACCCGUGCAGCGACCAAGGACACCUUCUUGCUUGGCUUAGAGGCACUCGCAGAAUCCGCGGAUGCGUUCCCGCCACUGAAGAGCGCGGUCUGCGGACUGCUGUUCUUCGUAAGGCAGGCUGAUAUUGUCUCUGGCAAUAAGGAGCAGAUUGCGGACAUGCGAGCCCAGAUUGACGCGAUGGUUGUCUCAAUCGUACGGGCCAUACCCGACGUUACCGAUAUGUCACCUGUGGCACAAGAGGCCGUUCGCGCGCUUGCAAUGGAUGUGCAAGCCGUGUACACAGAGAUAGAAGCCCUCGUGCGCCAGCGAGGCUUCCUGCGCUUCAUCCGUGCCCGCCAGCACUCUUCUCGACUUGAACGGCUCACGAAGAGGCUCGCAGCGGUCGACGCGACUUUCACUAGAACCAUGUUGACGAGUACGGAAAUGAAGAGUACACAGAUCCUAGCAUGUGUACAGCCCUUGCGGGAAGAGGUUCAUAGCCUCUUGAUCCAGGGGCGAAAGGAGUUUUUUUUUUUUGACACGACUUGCAAAAUGAAAUUUGAAGUGGCUGUGGCUCGUCCUUGGCUUCUAUCGUAUUCGGAUUGA